AUGGCAUCGUUGCUGGCACUGAUCUCGAGCACAGGCAGGCGCAAGAAUCUCUUUCGGGCACUUUUAUGUGCAGUGCUAUUGAUCUUGUUGCUACAGAUGUCCGGGUCGUUCAUCGUGGUCACCCGGUACGCACGUGGAGGAAAUCCCAUUGACCACGUCUACAACACCACCCUUGGAUUUCAGAGAGUCUUCGCCAUCAAUCUCCCGCAGCGGACCGACAAGAGGGACCUGAAUACUCUUGCAGCCUCGUUCGCCGGCUUCGAGGUUGACUAUCUUCCUGGUGUCGAGGCAGAAGACGUCGUCGAGAAAGCUGCGCCGUCGAAUUGGGACUUUGACAGCCAGACGCCCGGGGCUCUCGGAUGCUGGAGGGCUCACAUGAAUGCGCUCCAGAAGAUCGUCGCCGAGCGGAUCCAGACGGCCAUGAUCAUCGAAGACGAUGCUGACUGGUCCCCGUUCAUCAAGGACCAACUAUUCGAGCUCGCCACCGGCGCACGUGCAUUGCAGCAGUCUCCCGACUUGACGCCGUCACCGUACGGCCAUGAUUGGCACUUUCUCUGGCUGGGCCACAACAGGAUCGGGCCGACCGACGACGACCAAAACAUCUGGGUCGUCGAUGACGACUUCACGGUCCCGCCGCUGCCACACCGCAACUCUCGAUGGCGGCAGUCCCACAUCCCCGAGGACGCACUAAGGAACGACACACGGCUGUUCUUCAAGGCGUAUGCGGGCAUGUGUCUGUACGGGUAUGCCGUGACCUACGAAGGGGCCCGCAAGAUGCUGUCGUCGCUGUCGGCACAACCGCGCAACCAGCCCGUCGACCAGAGCGUGUCGGACAUGUGCCGCGGCAAGAUGGCCAAGGGCUUUGACUGUUACGGGGUGUGGCCACCGCUGAUAGCGACUCAUCGCUCCGCCGGAUACAAGUCGCGGGAUUCGGACAUCAACAACAACGAAAAGACCGGCUGGCACGAGGAAUACACCUUCGACAUUCCCUUCAGCACCAUGAUGAACAUCCCCAGGUUGGCGGACGGCGCGACCUCGGUGUUGUCCCAGUGGGCCGACGUGCCCGUCCAGGAAGUCACCUUUGACCUGGCCGUUCGAAGCCCGCCUCAGGGAUACCUCAAGAAUGUCAACUUUGGAGCUCUCCCGUUGCGAGAUGAUUCGAUCACGAUAUAA